AUGCCCUCCCGUCAACUCCUUUCAACCCUAAUAACAUCCCUCAGCAAUACUCGCUGGACCCUAACCCGAACCCUCCGAAGCGACAAUCCCCUCGACCUAAACGGCGAGCUCCGCGGCACCGCAACCUUCACCGCACAACCCACCACAACCCCCGACCGCGACUGGCUGUAUUGCGAAGAAGGCGAGAUACCGAGCAAUGUCGGUGUAGGAGCCUUGCAGCCGGGCCUACGAUGGACAAAGAAGUACAUCUGGCGCCUAGCUAACGACAGCGGACGCGUCAGCGUCUGGUUCGUGAAAGUCGCGGGCCCAGAAGAAGCAGACUACCUAUUCCACGAUUUCGACUUUGAUUCAGGCUCCAGCUCGCCCCCAGAGACCGCGCCCGAGUCUACGCAGAAGGAUCCAGAAGAAUUCAUCGCCCCGCCCAUGCCGCCCACUGUCUCGACCGGUGAAACUACUGUGCUCAAUGCCAGGGGUAACCAUCUCUGUAUCAACGAUAUGUAUCGCACGGCGUAUGCAUUCCGCAUUGCGCCCGAUACAGGGGAGGUGCUCAGCUGGGCUAGUCGACAUGUUGUGCGAGGCCCGAAGAAGGGGCAGGAGAUUGUUAAUCGGUAUGAGAAGGGGGCAUGA